AUGGAAAUGACGAGAACAGUAGCCGGGAAAGGGAAACAACCCUGCUUUGCUCUCUCUCUCUCUCUCUCUCUCACUCACGCAUCUCUACUACAUAAAAUUGGAUGCGGGUUUCUCCGACUGCUGUAA